AUGCCUCAGGGAUUUGGUAGCCGGGGGGGGCAUAGGGUGUGUAGGCUACUCAAUUACUAUUAUGGCUUGAAGCAAGCCUUUAGGCAAUGUAAUUUGAAGCUAACACAAGCACUUCUCAAGUCUAGCUUUCAUGAAAGCAGACAUAAUUACUCAUUGUCUACUAAAACAACUAAUGGAAAGUUUGUUCUUGUACUUGUCUAUGUAGAUGACUUACUUGUUACAGGAAAUGAUCAAGAGGAGAUUAACACAUCAAAAGCAGCCUUACAUCAGAACUUCAAACUAAAAGAUUUUGGAGAAUUGAGAUACUUCCUGGGAAUUGAAAUUGCUAGAUCAACAGAAGGAAUCUCAGGUUCAAAUCCCAAGAAGACUCCAAUGGAACAGAACUUGAAACUUACAAGCACAGAAUUUGAUAAGAUUGUGAAUGGGAACACUAAUGACAGUGUCUUGGAGGACAUAAGUUCUUUUCAAAGACUGGUUGGCAAGCUUCUGAAGUCAAUUACAGGUUUCUAUAUCAAGUUGGGGAGUUCUCUUAUCUCAAGAAAGGAAAAGAAGCAGACUACUAUCUCGAGGAGCUUAGUUGAAGAUGAGUACAGAAGUAUAGCACAUACAGUAGCAGAGUUGGCAUGGUUGAAUGGUUUACUGAAGGAGCUAACAAUAGAUAUUAAAGAACCUAUGGAGCUAAUAUUGUAA